AUGGACCAGGGCAUGAAGUUACUGAUAGCAAACACGCAAAGCAUCCAUUACGACGGUAGUAUUAGUGGUAAUGGUGGCGGUGGUGGUGGUGAUAGUGAUCGUCGUCGUCGUCGUCGUCGCCGUCUUCGUAGUCGUCGCGCUAAUGGAGUACCCAGCCUGAACAAACUUUCUGAGACCGAGCUUCUCAUGUACGACGGUGCGGUAUGA